AUGAAUACUGCCGAUUUGGAUUUUUCUUUCUUGGAGGAGGGAUUUUCUGCUAAAGAUAUUGUAGAGCAGAAGAUCAACGAGUCAUCUAUGACUGAUGACAGAGAUGCCUUCUAUGUGUGCGACCUGGGGGAUGUCUUGAAGAAGCACUUGCGCUGGGCGAGGGCCCUUCCUCGUGUGUCUCCUUUCUAUGCAGUCAAGUGCAAUGACAGCAGGGCUGUUGUGAUGACUUUGGCCUCCCUGGGAACUGGUUUUGACUGUGCAAGCAAGACUGAGAUACAGCUCGUUCAGUCUCUUGGAGUGGAUCCAAGCAGAAUCAUCUACGCAAAUCCCUGCAAGCAGGUCUCUCAGAUAAAGUAUGCCUGUACCCACGGGGUCCAGAUGAUGACCUUUGACAGUGAGAUGGAGCUGAUGAAGGUGGCUCGUUGUCAUAGCAAUGCCAAACUUGUCCUGCGCAUUGCUACAGAUGACUCCAAAGCAGUUUGCCGCCUUAGCAUCAAGUUUGGGGCCCAACUUAAAGCUUGUCGAGGGCUUCUGGAGAGGGCAAAGGAAUUGGGGCUGGAUGUCAUCGGCGUUAGUUUCCAUGUUGGCAGUGGCUGCACGGACCCAGAGGCCUUCAAGCAGGCAAUCACAGAUGCUCGCUGUGUUUUUGAUGUGGGGAAUGAACUGGGCUUCUGCAUGACGCUAUUGGAUAUCGGUGGUGGUUUCCCAGGUUCAGAAGAUGUUGAGCUCAAAUUUGAAGAGAUCACUGCUGUAAUCAAUCCAGCCCUGGAUAAAUAUUUUCCUGUGGAUAGUGGAGUGAGAAUAAUUGCUGAACCUGGUCGCUUUUAUGUAGCUUCUGCUUACACCCUGGUUGUUAACAUUAUCGCCAAGAAGGUGCUCAUAGAUGACGAGUCAGCCUCUGAUGAUGAAGAUGAAGGAAUCAGUGACAGGAGCCUCAUGUACUAUGUCAAUGACGGAGUGUACGGAUCCUUUAACUGUAUUCUGUAUGACCACGCACAUUGUCUGCCAACCUUGCACAAGAAGCCCAAGCCUGAUGAGGCCAUGUAUCCUUGCAGUAUUUGGGGCCCAACAUGCGAUGGCCUCGAUCGUAUAGUUGAGCAGUGUAACCUGCCUGACAUGCACGUGGGUGACUGGCUGCUAUUUGAGAACAUGGGCGCCUACACUGUGGCAGCUUCUUCCACAUUCAAUGGCUUCCAAAAACCUGACAUUCACUAUGUCAUUGCACGACCGGCCUGGCAACACGUGCAGCAGAUCUGCUCCCAGGGCCUGCCAGCUCCCGUGGAGUCCUGCACGCUUGAUGUUCCGGCCUACUGUGGAAGAGAGAGCAGUUUGGAGAUGCCUGCUAAGUCUCCUCAGGCCCAUGUGGUUUAA